CAGAGCGUUAUCGAGGCAGGUAAUACGUCAUAGGAUGUGCGACACAGAAGCCGGCGACCUCUGGUAAUACAACGAGUUAGUGAACUCUGGGUGUUUGGCCCCGGGCUCCCUCACUGAGCAGUCAUACGAGGGGUCCACAGAAGAGCGACACGGACCCCGCGACACAAUGCUCCUCGUGUCCUGCCGGGCCGGGCUGCCCAGUCUCCAGCGGCUGCUUCCUCAAUCCCCGAGCCGAGGGCUGACGUCCAAAGGGGCCACGGUUUAUGACGCGGUGAUAUCUGGUGGCGGCAUGGUGGGGACAGCGAUGGCCUGCGCACUGGGUUCUGACCCUCAUUUGGGCCACAAGAAAAUCCUUCUCCUUGAAGCCGGGCAGCGAAGGGACGGAGAUCGCCUCCCCGAGCGCUUCAGUAACCGAGUGAGCUCCAUCACUCCGGGAUCUGCCACCCUUCUGGCCGGUUUUGGUGCCUGGGAUCACGUAACCGCUAUGAGGCUGAAAGCUUUCAAGAGAAUGCAGGUUUGGGACGCCUGCUCCGAUGCUCUCAUAACGUUUGAUAAAGAUGGCAUGGAAGAUAUGGGCUAUAUAGUGGAGAAUGACGUAGUGAUGGCCGCUCUUACUCGGCAGCUCAGUGCAAUGUCAGAUCGCGUCGAGGUCCUUUACCGGAGCAGAGCAUCGAGGUACACUUGGCCAUCACUGUACCAAAACGAUGGCGCCAGCCCCUGGGUGCAAAUCGAGCUCUCGGGGGGACAGACAAUCCAUACCAAGCUCCUGAUUGGUGCAGACGGGCAGAACUCCAGCGUGCGCAGCGCCAGCGGGAUACGGAGCGUCCAGUGGAGUUACGAUCAGGUCGCUGUGGUCGCCACGUUGCAGUUGUCCGAGGCCACCGAUAAUAAUGUAGCCUGGCAGAGGUUUCUGCCCACAGGACCCAUCGCCCUGUUGCCGCUCUCAGAUACCUGCAGCUCUUUGGUUUGGUCCACGUCCCCUGAUCACGCGUCGCGGCUGCUGAACAUGGAUGGGGAGAGCUUCGUCGAUGCCGUCAACUCUGCUUUUUGGAGUAAUGAGAGUUACUCUGAUUUCAUCUCCUCGGCCGGGUCUGUUCUGCGCUCUGCCAUCUCCUUUCUGAUGCCGAGCGGUACCUCUGCCCGCCAGCUCCCACCCAGCGUCUCCCACGUUGACACGGAUAGCAGGGCUGCGUUCCCAUUGGGCAUGUGCCAUGCCACAGAAUAUGUCCGCCACCGUGUGGCACUUAUUGGGGACGCGGCGCACAGAGUGCACCCUCUGGCCGGACAGGGAGUUAACCUGGGCUUUGGGGAUGUUGCCUGUUUGGUUCAGCAUCUAAGCCGGGCGGCAUUCAAUGGGCAGGAUCUGGGGUCAACAAGGCAUCUUCUCCAGUAUGAGACCGAGCGGCAGAGACACAACCUGCCUAUAAUGGCCGCCAUCGAUCUGCUGAAGAGAUUGUACAACACCAAACAGGCCCCGGUGGUCCUGCUGCGGACCCUCGGCUUACAGGCUACCAACGCCAUUUUACCAGCCAAAGAACAAAUCAUGGCGUUUGCCAGCAAAUAACGCCCAGCGAUUCUGGGGCAGGGAUUUCCCGUCUGCUCGGAUUAAUUUAUUAAAUAAACUCUGAGGUAAAUAAAAUGAAUUUGUAUUGACGA